CAAGGUAUCAGGAGAAUCCAACUGUUCUAACUGUUCAGACAGAUUACCGAAACUGGAUUUACCGCCCGCCGGCUGUGACGAUUUGUCCGUCUUAUAUUGAUGGAAAUCGAUCGAAAUCUCUAAUUCUCAAACUUUGGAAUGUUAGUAAUGAUAAUGAAAAAUUCGACUACUAUUCAAACUUCGUAGAGACCACAGCGAACGCAUCAUAUGGCAAUUUAGCUGCUUUUAAACCAUUCAUGGGAGAUACAAGUUUGGCUAACAUCGAUAUGCUAGAUAUAGCUUGGAACGUUAGAUAUAUAGGUUUUCUACCGUCGAGUAAUUUUCAGCCGGUUAUCACCGAAAUGGGCAUGUGUUUCACCUCUUCAAAUUUGUCGUAUUUGCAAAAUGCUAGUAACACAAUAAACUAUAACGAAAGAACAUGGCCAGAUAGUUGCUUUUCAUUCGAUCUUUGUAAAUCAAGCGUGAUAGUCAGUGCCUACGGAAUCGUUAAAAUAUAUUUGUAUGUUCACGAAGAAGACGACAUUAUGACGGCCACAGAUACGAUAAGCAGUGAAAUGAAAGGUACCGAGCUGGUAGAGGUAACACUUUGGGUAGACCAAAUAGUUGCGUCUAACAACUUAAGGUACCUUACUCCGGCCAGACGUAAAUGUAUCUAUGAACACGAGACAUCAUCCAUUUUUAAGAUUCAUACUGCAAAUCUGUGCAAAGUCGAUUGCCGAGUGAGAAGAGCGCUCAUAGCAUGUGGGUGUAUUCCUUUUCUCUAUAAUAUUCAAAACCACAAGAAAUGCGACGCCUCUGGGAUGGUAUGUUUGUCGGAAAAGCUCAACGAUUGGUACUAUGCUAGCUGUCCUUGCAUGAGCCUAUGCGAGUCAACCAAGUUCACGCAGAGAUCUGUCAAAGUGAUGCUCAACAAUCAACUCUCAGUCGAAAUGUUUUUCCCGAAGAGGCGAAUCAAAAGAAGUGUUCUUUUCAGUUUGAGCGAUCUUAUCGUUUCAUUUGGAGGCGCCGCUGCUUUAUUCCUAGGAUGCAGCUUUCUUAGCGGUGUGGAGUUUGUGUACUUCUUUCUGGAGCAUGUAUGCGGAUUCUUCAGGCAGUUUCUCGCGAAGGGAAAUAAAAGAAACCCUUGUAAAAUUCCUGGGUAACUCUUUGAUAUUCUGGCCUUACCUGUAAGAGGUCUGGUGAAACCCCAAAAUAGCAGCGAAUUUAUUUAAUUCUUGAAUUGAACAAACGAUUUCAAGACGUAGAUUCUUUGUCGGAUUUGGAAAAUCAAUAAAGAUAACAUUGAUGCAUAUAUUUUUAUUAAGAUUUCUAAGUACAGUUUGUAUGGCUCAGAUGAUAAUGAUAAUAACAACUAGA